AUGAGCAUGGUGAGUUUAAAGAAAAUAAAAAUACAUGAUAAGAUAAUACAUACAAAUAAACAUAAUAAUGAAGAAAAAAGGAAGAAAGUAGUAGAUUUAAAACUAACGAUAGAACAAAAUGAUAAUAUAAAAAGUAAAGGACUCUUUUUUUAUCGAGAUUUUUAUUUUGUGCUUUUCCUUUUAGUAUGCAUAUUUCAAUCUUUUUACGAGCCCCCUUUCAAUCACCCUCGUAGUGAUCAAAACCAAAAAAGAACACACAAAAGGCACUACCAUUACAGACUAUUGACAGAUUAUCAUCACAUAUCAGAUACAAUAACAUAUAAGACCAAUACCUUAUAUCAACCAUCUAAUGAGAAAAAAGAAGAAAAGAAAAAAAAAGAAAAAAAAACCUCAGGGUUGUCUAAUAUAUUUCUAAGUGGAACUAAUAAAGCACAAACAAAAGUAUCAAAUAAUAAAAGAGAUAUUAGUUUAACCGUUCAAAAACAAAAUAAUGUAACAAAUAAAUCUAAAAACAAUAAAAAUGAUAAACGUACGAUUAGUAUAUCGAAAAAAAGAAAUCAUAGUUGUAGCAAUAAUAAUAAUAAUAAAGAAGAAGAAGAAAAAUGUACUAAAAAUUUUACACAAUAUUUAGAUUACUUCAAUAGUAAUUUUAAAGAAAACAAAAAUAAAAAUACAACAUUAACAAAUCAGUUGUAUCAACAACAAUCUCAUAAUUCUUUAAAUAAUAAUAAUACAACAAUAUCUCAAAGUGAUAAGUAUACAAAUACAAACAUACCACAUAAUAAUAAUGAACAUGUGAAAGAACAACCAUGUAAUAAUAGAACACAAAAAAGAAAUAAAAUGAUCAAUUAUCAAAGACAAGGUAGUCAAACUAGUUAUAACUCACGAUAUGAUAGUAUAACAAAUAAUUAUCAAAGACAAGGUAAUCAAACUAGUUAUAACUCACGAUAUGAUAGUAUAAAAAAUAAUUACCCCAGACAAGGUAGUCAAACUAGUUAUAACUCACGAUAUAAUAGUAUAACAAAUAAUUACCCCAGACAAAAUAGUCAAACGAGUUAUAACUCACGAUAUAAUAGUAUAACAAAUAAUCGAAAACAUUCAGAAACAGAAGAACUACAAGAACGUUAUACAGUUUAUACAAAUAAAUUACAAAAAAGUGGUAAUCGACAUGAAUCUUUACAUUCCUAUAACAUAAAAGAAAAUACAAAAAAUAAUAAAAAAAAAGCACAAGGUAAUAAUAUAAAAGAUAAUAAAAAUUUUAAUAAACACACAAAUGAGUUAUUAAAUGGUGAUCAGAAUGGACCGCAUGGCUAUUUAGUACCAUAUGGCUAUUCAGUACCAUAUGGCUAUUCAGGACCAUAUGGCUAUUCAGUACCGCAUGACUAUUCAGUACCAUAUGGUCAUGAUGCCCAUACUGGACAUAGUAACAAUUUUUUACAGUCAUCUCAAUAUACACCUUACGAACAAAAUGGAUCUUAUCCGCCUUAUGGAAAUAUUGUAUAUUAUGGGCCUUAUAUACAAAAUGGUAAUCAUAUGGAACCUAUUCCAUAUGUUGUAACACCAUCAGGAGAAUUAAUGUUACCACAUUAUGAUCCACAUGCAAAUGGAGGUUAUGUAGUUAUGCCAGUGGACUCAUUUACACAGCAACAAAUUAAUUUGUAUAUCGAUUCAACAGUUCAAACAAGAGAAUUACAAAUGCGUCAGGUAUACACACAGGAAUUAAUGGAAUAUAAAAGAGAAUUAAAAUUAAAUUAUGAAUACGAAAGACGUAUGUCGAAGCUACAAAGGCGAUUAAUUAAUCUAAGUACCAUUUUUAUGUUAAUAGGUUCGAUAAUACUCAUGUGUAUGACUUAA